UUCAACUUCAAGCUAACGGAAUCACCAUGAAAGUUGCAGCCGCUCUGAGCCUUUUACCAACCUUGCUGUAUACCCUACCAGCAACCGCUCAGAACAUGUCCUAUGGUGCCGACAACUUCUACCGGAGUGACAGCGUUACCCUCCGGCCCAUUACAUUCAAGAACCAAUACCAGAUGACUGUGGCUGGGAAUCUCUUCGUUCCCCUCAACCUCACUGAGAAUGGGGGCGCUGCACCAGCCAUUAUCGUUGGCCAUCCGAUGGGUGCCGUGAAGGAACAGAGCGCUAAUUUAUAUGCCACCAAGCUCGCCGAGCAGGGCUUUGUCACUUUAUCCCUUGAUCAUCAGUUCUGGGGAGGAAGCUCCGGGGAGCCGCGCAAUGCUGUCUCGCCUGACCUAUAUGCUGAAGCAUUCAGCGCCGCGGUCGACUACCUUGGCACUCAGAACCUGGUCUCAAUCGAUCGCCAGCGCAUCGGCGCAGUGGGCGUCUGUGGCAGUGGUGGUUUUCUCAUCAGCGCAGCCAAGAUUGACCCGCGGAUUCGAGCCAUCGCGACGGCGAGCAUGUACGACAUGGGCUCUGUCAACCGGAAUGGUCUUCAGCACUCCCAGAAUCUCACCCAGCGCCAGGCUAUCAUUGCCGACGCCGCGCAACAUCGCUGGACCGAGUUGGAGGACCCAAGUCAGACCCAAUACACUAGCGGUACACCCAACGAGCUGACCGCUGACACCCCAGCCGUCGCACGGGAGUUUUAUGACUUCUACCGGACUUCUCGUGGUGAAUUCACCCCGGCCGGUUCGACUCCGGAGCUCACCACUCACCCGACUUUGACCAGCAAUCUCAAGUUCAUGAACUUUUAUCCUUUUAAUGACAUUGAAUCCAUCUCUCCUCGUCCCUUGUUGUUUAUCUCCGGCGACCAGGCUCACUCCCGGGAGUUCAGCGAGGAUGCUUAUGCCCGAGCCGCUCAACCGAAAGAGCUUCUCUGGAUUCCGGGUGCCGGCCAUGUUGACCUCUACGACCGCGUCGACCUCAUCCCCUUCACCAGGCUCACCCAGUUCUUCCAGGCCAAUCUCGCCAGGAAUGCCACCGGUGUGGCUCGUCGGGACAUGAACUCUGCCUAGUCGCUCCACACAACUGUCUCAUGGGGUGGCUCGGUACCAAUUAGCGGUGUUCCGGGUUGUGACUCUUAGGGCUGCCAGGGAGUCCCGCCGGACAUGAGUCAGUAAUCAGAAGGGGGAAAACCAAUGCGAUUCCUCGUAUGUGGUUGCUAAUUCUCAAGCCAGGACUUUUAGCACCUGUCUUGGCACUUCUCAUUGAUUAUUGUGCAAGACCACCUGUAAGGCUUACUCGUGGGGGGAGACUGAUUACUGUGACAUACUGCCAUAAAUUUGGCUGUUCGAUAGGUUUACUCUCAUAAGUAUUUCUCAUUGUCGGCGGUGCAAUGUUUUUUGUCCUCUCUCUUCCUUUCGGAAAAGCCAUCUACAGCAAUCGAUGCUAG